AUGAAUGGAGUGACUGGGCGGCCGCUCCCACGGUGGCUCGCCAAGGCCUCCCUCCCAUCCUUCCUCAACACCAAGACGGCAUUUACCAUCACCACUCUGGCGGUACUGAGCACUAAAGUUGCCUAUAUUCACGGCCAUUUGUCGUCUAUCUCCACAAGGCACUUGGUAGUAUGGGGCUCGUCCUUCUUCGCCCAAGAUCUCUUCCUUCUCAUUAUCCUACGCCUGCAGAUUGAACACUGGCGCUCCCGCACACCCGUCCGCGCUCAGCCAUUCCUUAUUUGGUUGAACAAAAUCAUCAUAAUCUACAGCAUAUCCCUCAGUGUUGUGGCUUUAACCUUCCACAUAACUACAGGGUCCGAAAUCCGCUGGAGGGAUGUCGGCCUGGCCACAGGUGGCUCGUCACUUGGGCUUGUUUUAUCUGGCGCCUUCUCAUGCGCUAUCGUUGUUGCCUUUCUUAUCUCUUUUGGCUGGAUCCUACAGGAUGUCGUCUACCACCUUUUUGGUUUCACUGCCAAUAUCGUGGACUGGCUCAUCCUACUGAUUUGGCGCACAUCCUGCUCUCUGGUUACAGGGACGAAAUCACCCCAACAUCCCCAGCGAGAGGCUGAACAAGAUACGAACAAACCAUCAAUUAGGGAUCCAGGAUUGGAACUGGAUAGUUUGGGUCCCCAAACAUACCCACUCCUUCCAAAGCGGCUGCAGAAGUUUCUGGAUGAAAUAGACCGGAGGACCUCGACGACAGCCCAAAGUCUAUCAUCCAUCUUGCGUUUUGGAGCAUACUGCUUCAUUGUCACCGGUCUGAUUGCCUUGGCUGUACUGGUAUUGACCAGACCCAACGAUAGCUCUCUAGCUUUCGUCUCAUGGGCUACCGUACUAUUACCGUUUGUUGAUUUCUCAUCUUCGUCGCCCCUCCUAGACCAACUGCAACCGUACUACUACACGGGAAUCCAGCAUAGCUGGGAUAAUCGAUCUGCCCUCACGGAUUCGGUUCCAUUACCAUGGCUUCCACACGGGGUCGUCCUUGAGGGUUUUGGGGAUUGGUACACCAACAAAUCGCAUUACAAUGGAACAUCAGACCCGAUGAAAAUAUCAAAUCUUGACCAGCCAUUACUCUCUCAUUUGCAAGAUAAACUAAAGGAUGUCUCGAUACGACAUGUACUUGUUGUAUUUCUCGAGAGUGCGAGAAACGAUAUGUUUCCGAUAAAGAGAAAUGGAAUGGUAUGGAACCGCCUAGCUCAGACAUUCCCCAACCACGAAAUGCCAAAGGAAGUGCAAGACAAACUGUCUACUCUGACGCCAACGGCCAACUAUAUCACCGGGGAUUACGAUGAUGGCUUCAAUCACACAGAGGAACGCCACCGCGGUGGUGUUCGAUUUACGAAGGCCCAGACUGCGAGCACCUACACGCUCAAAAGCCAGAUUGGCACACUUUGCGGUGUCGCGCCCCUGAUCGCCGAUUUCAACAAGGACUACCGGCACCACAUCUACCAGCCCUGUCUACCUCAUAUCCUGAAUGCUAUGAAUGCUCAGGACACUGAGCAGGAUAGGAAAGAGCCCUACGCAUCCUCUGCGUGGAAAUCUUACUACUUCCUAACGUCCACAAUCGGCUUUGAUGGGAAUGCGGAACUGAUGAGAAAAAUUGGGUUUCCCACAAAGAAUACUAUUGAUCGAAACUACUUACGAAGCGACCAUGCGAGACAUGGACGCGUUGGUAAUCCCGAUGUGAAUUACUUUGGAUUUGAAGAAGAGCCUCUCACCGAAUAUAUUCGAGAUGCAUUCAUUUCCGCAAAAGAGAGAGAUGAGAGGGUAUUUCUUACCCACCUAACGAACACCGGCCAUCACCCCUUUGGCAUCCCACAACACAAAAAGUACAUACCUGUCGCCAAUGGUCUCAACGAUCUCUCUCAUUACAUCAAUGCUCAAGGCUACAUCGAUUCGUGGUUGCAAAAGUUACUUAAUAUCCUCGACGAGCAGGGUGUUGCGAACGAAACCCUGGUGGUGUUCCAAGGCGACCACGGGCUGUCUAUGCCGGAGAAUGACAUCGUGGCGUCUUAUUAUAACCCCAACGUCGGAAACGACCAUAUUCCGCUCGUCUUGUCCCACCCCAAGCUACCGGCCUUUGAUGUUACGGAUCCCGUCUCGUCUUCACAGAUUCUACCGACCAUCCUCGACCUCCUCCUCGAGACAAACUCACUUCACACCACUACUCGUCAAGUGGCGACGGAUUUGCUGAAAAACUACGAAGGCCAAUCGCUCAUUAGGCCACAAAUGUCAGAAAGGCUAGGCCAGGUCCAAUGGCAAUUUAACGUUGCCAACCCAGGCCGCUCCAUGCUCACCGCACGCGACCCAAGCCACCCAGACUGGCACCUCGUCGUCCCCGUCGUUGGGAACGUAGAGUGGAGAUUCACCAACCUUACUGCUGACCCCCGAGAGCAGAACUCGGUCCAAAGCAUCGACUUCUUGUCUUUUCUUGGUAGAGUGGAGGAGAAGCACGGUGAGGAGGUUGCCAAGUGGGUGGAGGAAGGCGCAUAUAUGACACGAUGGUGGGUGGAGGAAAAUCACAAGCGGUGGCGAUACGGGCCCUAUAAAAUGUAA